CCGUAAAGCCAAUUUAAAAAAUCUCUUCUUCUUGUUUUCCUCUUUCCUUACGAGUUACGAUCUUUUUGCUUACAAUUAUAUUUUUAACUUUUAAUAAAUGUGUUAUCAGGUCCCUUGCAAGAAAAUUAACAAGGUUUCGUUGUAAUCUAAUGAACUGUGACCUCUAUGAAUGGAUUGUGUUCACUACUCAGUACUUGCAUAGAUAAUUUCAAUUUUAUUGUGUGUGGGACAAGUAAACAAGGAAAAGUCCUGUAAAUUGUGAAAUUCAGUGAAUAAUUCAGAAUGUCGCUGAAUAAACUUGUUGGUGGAGACUGUGGGGGCAACAACUCGCUAGUUCAGCUAACGAAUAUUGUGAGUCGGGAUGCUCCAAGUACAUUAUCUCAAGCUGAUAGAUUCAUCAGUGAAUUUAUGGUGCAAAACUCUCAAGUUCCUCAGACAUUUAACAUGAACGCCUUGCUUAAUAAUAUGCCUGAAGUAGAAAAUACUAUGGCAAAAUCUGCACAAACGCCUACAUCAAGUCGAACAUCUUUAAGUUCACAGACAUAUGCUCCCUGGUUAGCAGGGCCUUCUUCAUCUUUUAUGCCUGCGCCUAUGAUGCCAUUUCACAUGCCAUAUCAAUCUAUGAUGAAACCUAUGACACAUUCCAAUGUUCAGAUACAAUAUGUUAGCGAAUCUGAACUACAACAAUCUUCAGACAAUGUUCAAACCAAAGCACAAGAGUAUGUUAAUAGUAUUAAGGAAGAUGAUGAACUUGCUUAUAAUCAAUUUAUGUCAUUCAUGAAGAAAAUAAGUGCAGGAGAAAUGAACCUAGGAGAAACAUUAGAAGCAGAACAGAAACAAGCGAGUAAAGAUAAAAUAGUGGAGGAAAUGGCAGAGAAAUACAAAGAUGAGUGGGCUAAACUUAGUGAUGUUAAUGAUUACUGGAAUAGUGAAGUUGCAAAUGGAAUAGCCAAGGAAUAUUCCUUCACCGAAGGCAAUGUUAUGUUGGAAAAUAAAAGUGCUUUAGAAAUUGGUAAGGAGAGGUUAAAGAUGGGUGAUGUGCCAGGUGCAGUGCUUUGUUUUGAGGCAGCUGCACAGCAGCAACCUGAUUUGGCUGAAGCAUGGUUCCUACUGGGCACCACUCAAGCGGAGAAUGAACAGGAUCCCUUGGCAAUAACUGCUUUGAAAAAGUCAUUAGAAUUAGAUCCAAGACAAUUAGAAGGCUAUAUCACCUUAGCAGCUGCAUACACUAAUGAGAAUAUGCCUAAGUUUGCUUAUAUAACCUUGACAGACUGGCUGAAGGCCAGCCCCAAAUACAGUGAUCUCAUUCCACAAGAUAUAAAUCCUCAGAACAUGAACCUCAAAGAGUUAGAGGCCUAUGUAACAUCCUUAUAUCUGAAAGCAGUACAAUUGAAUCCUUCACAAGUUGAUCCUGAUGUACAAAAUGCUCUAGGAGUUAUUUUUAAUAUAAAUCAGCAGUAUGAUAAAGCUGUAGAUUGUUUUAAGGCUGCACUAAUGGUAGCACCGGAUAAUGCUAAAUUGUGGAAUAGACUUGGUGCUACACUGGCUAAUAGUGACAGAUCGGAGGAAGCUGUGGAUGCAUAUCAUGAAGCUUUGAACUUGGAGCCGGGCUUCAUACGAGCUAGGUACAAUGUUGGCAUUACUUGUAUGAACUUAAAAGCAUAUAAACAAGCAGCUGAACACUUUUUAGUUGCAUUAAAUCAACAAAUUAAGGCAAAAGGAAUGUUUCCACAUGAGUCAUUGGUUGACAAUAGUUCUUCAACUAUUUGGACUACCCUGAGGAUGGUGUGUUCUUAUAUGGGAGAACAUGAUGUUGCAAAGUUAGUUGAUGACAGGAAUUUAUCAGAACUUAAUAAAUUCUUUGAAAUAGAGUCUUAAGUGUUACAGCUUUGUAAAAUUACACUAAUUAUUAUUAUUUGAUAAGCAUUAUCAUAUUAUUAUUGUGAUAUGUAAGCAGUGGGUGAUAUAAAGUUAUUUUUAUAUGUUUUUUUAUAUAUAAUGGUAGUAAUGUUUAUUGGCAAUCAUGGUUUGUUGACAUUUAAAAGUUGGGGAAAACUA